UUCGGGUUUUACUUUAAUUUUUUAAACAAUCAAAAUUAAGAAAUUACUAGUAAUGACUAUACCAAAUUAUCAGUUUGUUUGCCCUUUUUGGAUAAUUCCAAUGCACAGGAAAAACUACAUGAAAGAUAAAGAAAUACAAAGAUGUUUAACGAGCAGACGAAAAGAUAUGAAGAUUGGUAUUAUUGGAGCUGGAGCUGCUGGACUGGCAGCGUUGAAGCACAGCUUAGACGAACAUCAUAACUGUGAAGUUUUUGAACAGACCGGUUUAAUAGGAGGCACGUGGAAUUAUACCGACAAAACUGGAUCUGAUGAAUAUGGUUUACCUAUUCAUACUUCAAUGUAUCAAGGAUUGAGGACAAAUUUACCAAAGGAGCUAAUGCAGUUUGAAGGAUUCCCAUUUUCUAAACCCGAUCAUUCAUAUGUUACGCAACCCGAAGUUCUACAAUAUAUACAUGACUAUGCUGCACACUUCAAUUUGCUACCCCACAUUAAGUUUUUUAAACACGUAUUAAAAGUAUCUCCUCUGGAAAAAGGAAGAUGGUCUGUAGAUGUCAAAGAUCUUGAAUCAAAGACCGUCGAUACCAAAGAAUUUGAUGCAAUUGUCGUGUGCAUCGGCAAUUUUUCAGUUCCAUCAAUACCAACUUUUCCGGGACUAGAAAAUUUCCAAGGCACAACAAUCCACAGCCACGAUUUUAGAAAAUCGGACGUUUAUAAGAAUAGAAAAGUAUUGGUUAUUGGUAGUGGAUCGUCGGGAAUUGACAUAUCUAGACUAGUUAAAGAAGUAGCAAAUACAGUAAUUAUUUGUCACAGGAGCCCCAUCAACCCAAUUGUUCCUUUACCAGAUGGUAUCCAGAGAAAAACUGGUAUCCAAGAAUUUCGUCAACAUUCUGUUUUAUUCUCGGAUGGUUCCGAGGCAACUAUUGAUGAUGUAAUACUCUGCACAGGUUAUAAAUAUAGCUACCCAUUUCUAUGUAAAGAAUGUAGUAUGGAAGUAGAGGGUAGAUGGGUGAAAUACUUGUACAAACAAAUUAUGAAUAUCAACCAUCCUACUAUGGCUUUCAUUGGGAUUCCCUUUAGGACAUUUCCAUUUGUACUCUUUGGUAUUCAGAUCCGAUUCUUCUUGGCAUAUCUGAAUGGGAAUUUUUCGGUCACCAAAAAAGAAAUGUUGGAAGAUCUCCAAAAACAUAUGGAGACACGAAACAAUUCAGACCAUUCUCAUUUAUUAGGAAUAGAACAAAGAGAUUAUCUGGACGACCUGGCAACAACGGCAAACAUUAAAAAAAUUCCUCCGGUGUAUUCAAAAAUGUACCGAUACGUACAUGACAUAGGAAAAGGAAAAAUUCAUUGGUCUUAUAAAAUAAUUAACGAUGAAGAAUUUAUUGUUGUAGAUGAUAACCAUAAAACGUCAUCUUAAUGUAACUGAAAAUUCAAAUUACAGACAUAAUAUUCUUGUAAUGUAACCUGCCAUGUUUGCAUUAAUACAAAACUUGAAACGAA